AGGAGGAGAAGGAAGAGGAGGAGGAGGAAGAGGAGGAGCACAGUGAAUGGAGGACAGCCUGCAGUGUCAGAUCGAAGAGGACUCGGACAGGUACAGUGUUACUUCUGAACAGCAAACGAGCUAAUUUCACAAAAUGAUGGAGCUGAUGAUGCUAUCAGGAGGUGUUCUGGUUCUUCCUGCCCUCGCUUUCAUCACCUCACUCCGGCUCCGGCCAGGAGCCUACCUUAAGGCCUACAACUGGUACUUGCGUCGCAGGCUGGGUUUAGUGGUCCGCUACUCUCAAAGUGGAAGUUACCGCUUCUGUUAUUCCAGCCGCGGGACGCCAGGGGGCGCCACGCCAUCACUGCUCCUGCUGCAUGGCUUCUCCGUCUCUAAGGACAUGUGGCUGUCUCUCGUCAAGCAUUUCCCCAGAAGCCAGCAUGUGGUGUGUGUGGACAUGCCGGGACACGAGGGGACGAGUCGUACUGGUGCUGAGGACUACAGCAUUCAGGGCCAGGUCGGCCGAAUCAACCAGUUUGUUCAGAGUAUCGGUCUGGACAAAAGACCUUUCCACCUGGUCGGGGGAUCGAUGGGUGGGUGCGUUGCUGGAGUGUACGCUGCUCAUUACCCAGCUCACCUGUCCAGCAUCACCUUGGUCUGUCCGGGAGGUCUGGUUUACCCCACAGAGACUGAGUUCAUCAGUCGUCUGAAUAAGAUUCAGAAGACUCAGCAGGUGGAGUCGUUCCCUCUGAUCGCCACCACUCUUCAGGAGAUGGAGGACAUAUUGAAACUCUGCUAUUACAACCCCCCCAACCUCCCUCGACUGCUCCUGCGGGGUCUCCUUGACAACAGCAUCCCCAACAUUGGUUUCUACAAAGAAUUGUUUAUGGAGAUCUUCGGGGAGAAGUCUCUUCACUUGCUGCAGGAAAACUUGCAUCUGAUCACAUCACCUGUGCAGGUGAUCUGGGGGACGGAGGACAAGCUGUUGGACGUGUCGGGGGCGACAGUGCUGCAGGAAUCGCUGCCAAACUGCCAGGUGACGCUGUUGGACAACUGUGGUCACGCUGUGACGGCGGACCAGCCCAAGAAAACCGCCAAGCUCAUCAUGGACUUCCUGUCUGAGCAGGAAGUCAACGGUGAAAACACUAAGAAACUUUCCUGAAGAAAACGUUUGAACCAUAUGACCUCACUAUGGAUGAUGAAGGGUGUUCGGGCGAAAGAGAUCACCGGGGGCUCGCGCACCUAUAAAUUGUUCCAGGAGGGUAAAACCAGUGGGAAGUGGGUAGAGGGGAGUUCGGCGGGACUGUUUUAAAUGUAUUUGUUCAGGUGAAAUAUUUAUUGGUAUUUAGUAAAGAUAUUUAGGUGUUUAUAUAUUUGUUAAGAGUAUUUAUAUUUUGGGUAAUGGUUUCAUGUAAAUAGAUUGGUAUAUUUUUGUUUAUUUGUGUGUUGUAUUUAAUAUGAGGAAUGGUAUGUGCUAAUUGAAUGGGCUAUAUAAGGCUGGUGAAUCUAAGUUGAUGGGG